GGCAGGCCUGUUCUCUUGGUCAUUUGUUUGGAGCAAGAGUCUGAUCACUGGUUUAAUCAUCCAACAGCACAGAGAAUGCAGAUGAAGAUAAAAUAGGCAAAAUGUGGAAGAAAAGUCACCUAUAAAUCUGGUAAACUGAGCUCAAAGUUGACCUCGAGGGACAGAUUCACUGAGUCCAUCCAGAGCUCAUGGUGAUUUGUGUUUAGCUAGAAACCACUCCAGAUGAAUGCUUUGGGGAAGACUUUGGCCUUGGGGUUACUGAUCUCCAUCACUAUUUUGGCACCAGAUGGAACUGAGUCAAGUUGUACAAAUGGGAAUCAAACAUCACAGAAGGGUUCAUUACCUGAGGCAAAAGUUAGCACUACACUGUUUGCACAGAUGGGUGCUGAGGCUCUGCUGUGCUGCCCUGCUAUUCCCAUGACAGAAGCAGUAUUAAUAAUGUGGUUCAUAGCCUCAAGAGAUCAGCCUCUCUGCAGAAUAUCCUACAAAGUAGAAACAAAAGAGAUCAACAAAUGGUAUUAUUGUAUGGACAGUAGAAUCUCCUGGCACUCCACACCUGACCCGAGUCUUGACCUUCUGAUAAAUGCAGUGACGCUCAAUCAUGAAGGGAUAUAUUCAUGUGACAUAGCAACACCUACUGCAAAUUUCCAAAAGAGCUAUUACCUCCAAGUGCUAGUGCCUCCAGCAGUAACCCUGCUUCCGGGGGAAAACAGAACAGCAGUUUGUGAGGCAAUUGCAGGCAAGCCGGCUGCGCAGAUCUUUUGGACUCCAGAUGGGAAUCACGUCACUAAGAAGGAAUCACACAGCAAUGGCACCGUGACUGUCAGGAGCACAUACCACUGGGAGCAGAACAAUGUGUCUGCUGUGUUCUGCUUUGUCUCUCAUCUGACUGGCAACCAGACUCUGUCCAUAGAACUCAAUCAAGUUACAGGUGUCACCAUCACGCUGCAAUCCUUGCUGAUCAUUCUCUAUGUGAAACUUUCCCUUCUGGGGAUCAUUCUGCUCAUUCUAGGAUUUGUUUUCUUCCAGAAGAGCAAUUAUUUCAGAAAAUAAAAGUCUACAUUUCUGAAGCCCAUUAGUCCGAUGACAAAAUACAAGGAAACAGCCAUUUUCCAUCAGCUUUCUCACUGACAUCCAGCUUACCUGCUCCUGAUGUCUUCAUGCUUGUCAGAAGUCGUAUUACAGCCUGUGGUCAUGCAGUAUGAUUAUACAGUCAAAAGCUUGCAUCUUACCACCAUACAUGUAUGAAUCACUAUCUACUAUCCCCCGUCACCACAUAGCAGGUCAAAGAAGAGGGCUUAUCAAAUGGUGAUCAACAGUGCUGGGUGGAUAUUCUUCACCCACAUUCUCCAGGAAUAGUUUCAACCAACUUCCUGUUCCUAGGACAUCUGACAUGAUCAUAAAUGUUACACUGUUAGAUACCAUGACAAGCAACACCUUCAAGUCAGCCACUAGCAGCCCUUCUUUCUUGCUUUUGCUGCCAAGUAGCUGGACAGUUGUCUUUUGAAUUAAUCAUUGAAUACAUAUGAUGUGGAACUCCCCUCUGUAUGCUGUGAAUAUGCUUUGUAACCAUUGGUUAAUAAAGACACUGUUUUGCGCCUCUGGAAGGGCAGAAUAGA